GAGAGAGAGAGAAGAAGAGAUGGGUUCAUGGCGGAAUUCAGCCACCUCAUCCAUGAAGCUUCUAUGGCUGAUUCUGCCGUUCAUGGUGGUUGCUGUGUUUAUUGGGGUUAAAAAGUCAAACUUGGCUGAUGGGUCAAAGUAUUACCCUUGGGUUUGGAGUUCUGUGAUUACUUCUUAUUCUUCUUCUGCAAUUAAAGAUAACGAAGCGGUGGCAGCGGUGGGGUCUGUGUCAUUGGGGCGACGGCCAACGGUGGUCGAAGGUGGUGGUGAGGUGGCUGAAGGGCCAUCGGAAGAUUAUGUGUUUCAUCAGACUUCUAAUUCUUCUUAUCCACCGUUGGCUAUGGAAGAUGAAAUGGACGUUGAGUUGCCUGCUAUUGCCAAGGAAGAUGACAUGAAUGUGACGUUGAGUGGACCAGACAUUUUCGUGUCUGUUAAUCAAACUCAUGAAUUUCCUGUUGAUGCACGAAUCAACAGGAAAUCCACGAGUUUGGAUAAACUCGAAGCUCGUCUCGGACGGGCUCGAACAGCAAUCAAAGAAGCUGAAUCUAGGAAUAAAACUCAUGAUCCGGAUUAUGUCCCGGAUGGUCCUAUGUAUUGGAAUGCAGCUGCUUUUCAACGGAGUUAUUUGGAGAUGGAGAAGCAAUUCAAGGUGUUUGUGUAUGAAGAAGGAGAACCCCCGAUAUUUCAUGAUGGACCUUGCAAAAACAUAUAUGCAAUGGAAGGUAACUUUAUAUACCAAAUGGAAACCACUAAAUAUCGAACAAAAAACCCCGAAAAAGCACAUGUGUUUUUCCUCCCGAUGAGUGCAACGAUGAUGGUACACUAUAUAUUUGAGCGUAAUCCAAAUGUUGACCAUUGGCUUCCCAUGAAGCAAACGAUUAAAGAUUAUGUCGAUCUUGUGGGAUCCAAGUACCCUUUUUGGAAUCGCAGUCUAGGAGCCGAUCAUUUUACAGUUGCUUGCCACGAUUGGGGUCCGGAGUUGUCGAAAGCAGUUCCUUACCUUUUCAAGAAUUCUAUUCGAGCUCUAUGCAAUGCGAAUACAUCAGAAGGGUUUAAUCCUACGAAAGACGUGUCCAUCCCAGAGAUUUUACUCCCAGAUGGAACGACACGCGGGAUACUAAAUGGGCCAUCACCAAGGUACCGGCCCGUUUUGGCAUUUUUUGCAGGUGGGGUCCAUGGUCCUAUUAGACCAAUACUUUUAGAGUAUUGGCAGGACAAAGACCCUGACCUGCAAGUCCACAAGUACCUUCCAAAGGGUGUUUCGUACAUGGCUAUGUUGCGACAAAGUAAAUAUUGCAUUUCUCCAAGUGGUUAUGAGGUGGCAAGCCCAAGAAUGGUGGAAGCACUUUACACCGGUUGUGUGCCGGUUCUCAUCAAGGAUGGUUACGUGGCCCCGUUUAGCGAUGUCCUAAAUUGGAAAUCAUUUGCGGUUAUACUCACGGUUGAAGAUAUCCCAAACCUUAAACAGAUCUUAACUGGUAUAUCUACGAGACAGUAUUUGAGAAUGCAGAGGAGGGGGAAACAAGUUAGACGACAUUUUGAGGUAAAUUUUCCUCCAAAGAGGUACGAUGUAUUUCAUAUGAUACUACAUUCGGUUUGGCUUCGUAGGCUUAACAUUCGAAUUCAAGGUGUGGCUGAUUCCUGAAUUGUUUUGGUUGUUUUAUAUUUUAAUAGGGCUAAAGGGUGCAUAUUAGGAAAAUAGAGGGGUUUUGUAUGUACUUUUUUCAUGAUUCUUGAG